CUAAUAUUAUUUAUUAAAUUUGAGUAUUUAAAAAUUAUAUUUUGGGUUCACUAUUAAUUUAAAUAGAAUAGUAUGACGAAUCAUCACAGAUUGGAGUUAUAUGAUAGACUUUUAGAUAAUAAUGCUUGCGUAUCGUAUUCACUCCGUAUUCUUUAAAAAUGGCGCGCUGCACGCGUUUUCAAGAGGAAUGAUUUCUUGAAUAAAUGGCUAAAUAUUAUAUCAUUGGGAAACCUUGCUGCAUUCUAUCUUGUAAAGGAGAGAUCAUUAGUUCCACGUUCAAACAUAGCAUAGCAACAACAAUCUAUCUAGUCUACAAAAAUGCCGAAAAGUCGUUCCAGAAUCAAGCGUGGCGUGAAGUAUGAUGAUAAGCAUGAGCAUGAAAUCGGCACCUUAUCACAGCGAAGGCUUGUUGCUGAUGCAUAUUGGAGGACUCAAAAAACUGGAGACACAGUGAAUUUUUGGACAUGGUAUAUCAAAGACAAUGGGCCCUUUACGAUUGAAAACUUUAAGAAAGUUGCCUCUAAAGACCUUGACCUUGACUGUGUGGAUGAAGAUGGCCAGCCAUUAUAUCCCUCAAUAUCGAGAAUACAGCCAGAACCACUCUUUGAUAUUAUUUGGAAUAGUAGCAAUCCUGCUUGGGUUCCAAGACAACCAACAAACAAACCACAGUCAAAGAUAGAUAUUCUUAAGGGGAGAAAGAAAAUCAUAUUUUGGAUCUGAACUGUUCACCCCAGAUGAAGAAGUCGACCAGUAUGUCAUCUUAAAAAGAUCAGCAGUGAUCUUACCCCUAACUCAGAAGUUGAUGUUUGUGGACAAAGCCACUGGAAAGCUGCUAAAGAGAGCUCGCAUAGGAUGGCACGUCUUGACCAAACUGGUGUAUUUGGCUCUACAUGCAG